CUUCCUUCUCCACCGGUUACAAAACUCUCGUCGUCGUCCUUCUAUAUAAAACCAUCCUUCCUUCCCCCUUCAUUUUUAUAUUACUCUCUCCUCUAUCGCUCUUUCACUUCUCCGAUUUGAUCUAAACGAUCCCACAGAUCUCGUUCUCUUCCCCAAUGGCUGCAUCCAACAGCGAGAAAGGACUCAUCGUCAGCUUCGGCGAGAUGCUCAUCGACUUCGUCCCCACCGAAUCCGGCGUUUCGCUCGCCGAAGCUCCUGGCUUCCUCAAAGCUCCCGGCGGCGCUCCGGCAAACGUCGCCAUCGCCGUUUCGCGACUCGGCGGGCGAUCCGCCUUCGUCGGAAAGCUCGGUGACGACGAGUUCGGACACAUGCUCGCUGGGAUCCUGAGGGAGAACGGCGUCGCUGAUCAGGGGAUUAACUUCGACACGGGUGCUAGAACGGCUUUGGCGUUCGUGACGUUGCGUGCCGACGGAGAUCGGGAGUUUAUGUUUUACCGGAAUCCUAGCGCCGAUAUGCUCCUCCGUCCCGACGAACUCGACCUCGACCUCAUCAGAUCCGCUAAAGUGUUUCACUAUGGAUCAAUAAGCUUAAUAGUGGAGCCAUGUAGAUCAGCUCACUUGAAGGCCAUGGAAGUGGCGAAAGAAGCCGGAGCCAUUCUUUCCUAUGACCCGAACCUCAGGGAGCCUCUGUGGCCAUCAAACGAAGAAGCCAAGACACAGAUCAUGAGUAUCUGGGACAAGGCUGAGAUCAUCAAGGUCAGCGACGUCGAGCUAGAGUUUCUAACUGGAAGCAACAAAAUCGAUGAUGAAACCGCAAUGUCCUUGUGGCAUCCCAACUUGAAGCUCUUGCUUGUCACUCUCGGUGAAAAGGGAUGCCGGUAUUACGCCAAGACUUUCCGUGGAUCGGUUGACCCUUUCCAUGUGAACGCCGUGGAUACAACCGGAGCUGGAGAUUCCUUUGUUGGUGCUCUCCUAAACAAGAUUGCUGAGGAUCAAUCCAUUCUCGAGGACGAAGAGAGAUUGAGAAAGGUGCUAAGAUUCGCAAACGCUUGUGGAGCAAUCACCACGACCAAGAAAGGAGCCAUUCCAGCUCUUCCCACCGAUGCUGAAGUUCACAGCUUUCUUGAAGGGAAGUAAAAAAAAUAAAAACACCCCUCAAGCUUUCUCCAUGUAAUCUGUGUUCGCUUAUGUAUUCUUGUUUUCUGAUGUUUGGUUUAAAUCAAUGGCUCCGUUUUUGUGUAAAGACAUAUAUGUUUAAGUUCAAGGCAUCCCUUGCUAAUAAUAAGAACAGUUUUUUCAAA